CGUUGUCCAUCACUUCUGCCCUGGACACCUCUCUAUGCGAGAAAAGCAAGAAACCUGUCAUGAGUAAAUUACAGGCCAAACGAGACAUUGACCAUACUGAUGACAGUGAAAGUGAAAGUAAUUCAAGGCCACAAACGUCAAGGUCACAGCAGUCAAGGUCAAGGAAGAAGAAAUUUAGUAUUCCUACAUACAGGCAGCAAACAAAGACUUCAAGGGCCAAAACAGAGCCAGUCAGUUCAUCUACAGAUGGUCAGGAUGUACCCAUAUCUCGUCACCGAUCCAAGUCACCAUCCCCUGCUCGUAGGCCUUUCACCCCACAUGUUGUUAGUGUGGGCACGGAGGAUAUCACCACCCAUGCUGCAAAACCCUGCACUGACCGACGGAGCAGGGAUGAUGCCCAGUCAACCUACCUGUCAUUAAUGAAAGAGCUGGAAACUGAGAGAGAGCGACGAUGGAAAGCUGAACAGGCAGCCAAAAAGCUGGUUGAUCAUGUCAAAGACCUUCAGCAGAAAGCCCAAAAUGAGUCUUCCCUUCAAGAAACCUCUGCCCAAGUCAACAUUCGAUUGAAGCAGGCAUUAACCAAUGAAAAAGAGGCCAAGCUUCGACUACGAGAUGAGCUGGAUACAAUAAAGGAGCAGGUGAAAUCCUUGAGUGAUCAGUUGGAGGUAUCCAGAGAGGCCGAGAUGUCCCAGAGACGCGCCCUUCAGGCCAUGGAGCACACUGUGGCAAAGGCAGAAUCUGAGAGGCUCAAACAGCAAGCCCAUGAGGGAAAGAAGGUACAAGAGGCCCAAAUGCGUGCAUCUGCAUCUAGCAGAGAAGCAGAUAUUUUGAAAAAUAGCGUGAGCACACUGAAGGGACAGAUUCAACAGCUGCAGGAACUUCUGGCAACCAGAGAGCAGGAGUUCAGGCAGGAAAUGAAGGGGCGCUACACCCUGGAAAGCAAAGAGCUUCAGGAGGUCCUAGAAAGGGAGGCAAAGAAAAUUGAGAAACUUCAUGCAGCUCAGCAGAAAACACAGCAGGAGAAGAUCGAAUCUCUGACAAAACAGUACCAAGAUCUAGAAGACGAGUUCAGAAUGGCUCUACAGAUUGAAGCCAACAGAUUUCAAGAGCUGCAGACUGCGUUUGAACACACCAGCCAAGAGAAUGCAACAAACAAACAGGCUUUGCUGGCAGCGCAAAGAAAAGAAGAAAGAAGUGCAUCGAUGUUGUCCGAGCUGACUUCUCUGGUUAAGGAACAGAAAGGUCGAAUCACAGAAUUAUCUCGUUUUAAACAGGAACAAACUGGAGAAUAUAAGGAAAAAAUCCUGACUCUAGAAGCACAUGUGGAGGAGGCUAAAAAGAGGAUGCUGCAAAUGGAACUCCUCAAACAGGAGAAUGGUAAACUCCAGGCACAAGCUCAGGCUCAGGAAUCUGUGAUUGAGGGCCUUCGCUCGGAGAGAAAGUUAUGGGGACAGGAGCUGGCUCAGCAAGGGGCAUCUCUGGCUCAGGACCGUGGCAGACUAGAAUCUCAGAUAGAAACUCUCCAAUCAGAAAUAACCAUGACCAAGAAGCAGCUUGAGAGAGAGGCAGACAGUGUGAAAAUCAAAACUAAAAUGUUGGAGGAUCAGACAGAGACCAUAAGGAAACUGAAACAGGCUGUCAUAGAGAGAGAAGAAGAGGUAAAGAAAAGUCGUGAAGAAGGCCUGAGUAUUCAGAGACAGUUAGAGGACCAGCUGAUGGAAGAAAAGACCGCCAUUCAGGAUUUACAGGACACGGCGGAUCAGCUGAAGGCUCGUAAAGAGGAACUCAAACAGGAAGUGACAGAGCUACGCAAUGAACUGGAGGAGUCCAAGCGUGCUCACAGUAUAUUGAAUAAGCGCUGGAAGGACAAGUCUGAUCUGAUUGGUCAGUUAGAGCAGCAGGUUCAUCAGAUGAAGGACACCUGGGAGGCCAAGGAGAAAAAGCUGAUGAAAGAAAGAGACGAGUCUGUGGAUAGGGCCAGUGUUGCUGUAGAGAAGCUACGGAGUAUUGAUGAUGCCUUCAGACACCAACUUGAUACCAAGGAACAACAGCAUAGGGAAGAGAUGGACAGAUUGGAGAGAGAGAAACAAACAGAAAUAGACCAGGCUUACAAAAAGGUGGCCGCAGUGGAGGACGAGAUGAGAUGUUUGUUACAAGAGACAGAAGCAAACAAGAGAGGGAUGGAGGAGAAGGUGAAGAGGUUAACACAGGCCUUCUCUGACCUUCAGACUGGGCUGGGCUGACCAUCAGGCAAGGCUGCGCUGACCUUCAAGGUGAAACCAAGAUGACCCUCAGACAAACCUCAUGUCUUCUAUUUAGGAGGUGCGUAGGUGAACCCUUGACGUUCUGGUGAUCUUUAAGUGGGAUUUGAAGAACCUUCACAUUGAGUUUGCAUGACCUUGGAGACAAAGACCUUGAGACUGUGUUAGGAAGACAUUCAUUUGUGUUUAUAAUGACCUUCAGACUGAGUCUGAGGAAUCAUCACGCAGGACAAUGGUGGAGGGACCUUAGGGUUGAGCAAAGAUGUCCAUCAGUCCAAGCUUAACUGAAAAGCGCUAAAUACAGGAUAUGUGCCUUGCCAUGGGUAAAGAAUUCGCUGAGAAAAUUUGACAGCCAGCUUUGUGUCAGACCAGUGGGAUGGACAGUUCUGUGUCAGACACAAAGUGGGAUUAAACUAGUUAAUAGCCUGAGCAGACCUGAGACAGGCAUUCCUGAAAUCAACAGCAUAUACAUGCACAUGAGCCUGCUUUAAUAAUACCAGAGUUGAAUGGUUUGGUGUGGUAUCUACAUUGAAGCCAGAUGUACACUGGAGUCCUGUAUCUUUUUGGCCUCCUUAGGUCAUACAGAUCCAACAUAUACGUAUGUCCUAGCAGCAAAAUGUAGUAGUAAGUUCUUUUUGAGCUGACAUUUUGUAUAUACCCAAAUACGCAAUUUAUGUUUUGUAUAUACCCAGUAGAUGUAUAGAUGUAUCUAUGAAUCUAAGUUGUUCCAAAUAUUUAUUGAAUAACUGUAUAGCACAGAUAUUAUGAUUGGAAAUUCAUGACAUUCGGAGACAAAAUGUAAGAAUUUGUGAAAUAUUCUCAAAAUCAAUCAACAUUUGUUCACAAAGUAUAUAUCUAGUUAAAAAUCAGUGUUUUAUAAUCAGUGUGUUUUUUAAUCAAUAUGACUGAUACACAGUAUACUUUUGUAUUUUCAAAGGCAUCCCUGAAAUCCAGUAUUUUGUAGUUCUUAUAAUUAAAAUAUGAGCAAAAAUGUUCAUAUAACUUAUUUUACUUCAAACUUUGUGUCAGUAUGAAUGUCCUCACUUUCACAACACUUU